GAUGCUUGAUUAUAAUAAGCUUUUUUUCCAUGUGCAUUGUAUGCUUUAUCACCAAGAUCUUCGCCAUUUUGAAGGUUAUAGCUACAUAGAGAGAGAGAGAGACGGAAAGAGAGAGUGAGAGAGAUAUAUAGCCUAGAGAGAGAGCUGACAAAAUCCAACCCCGUUCCUAAUAUAGUAUUUUAUUUUUCACAUUGCAUAUUGAGAGCAGAGGGUUGUGUAAAUGAAAGAACGCGUGCAUACAUUGAGGCAUAGGCUACCGUUCAUCCACCCAUCGCCAGUUCUUGGAAGAGAUCCUCCAGCUAUUCAUAUGCCAGAGGCGAGACCGCCUAGACUUUCGGUUUUGCUAUCUGAAAUGGUCAGCCUACGAGAAGAAUGAUGAUUUACUAAAAAUGUACCAUCGCAGGAAAUCUUGGCACAGUUCUGGAGAAGUUUUGGGUUAGUCAACAUCAAACUGCAUUUGCGACGGCACACAAUCAUUCAUCCAUGCUUUGGGACCAUGGAGGGAUGGUAUGAGUGGGCCCUAAAUCAGAAUGGUCCAGCAUAAUGACACUGACCAUACAGUUGCACGACAGGGCCCAUCCAAGCCAGCCGAGUGCCCCAAACCCUCCUCUGUUUCAUCAACACACUUUCACCCCUUUCGGGACCAGAAGGAAUGUGAACUCAUCACACAGACUGUGGAUUACCUGACCCACAGUGGAUUUUAUUGGGGUCCUUUGGACGUAGACGAAGCUCAUACACGACUGGCCAGACUUCCUCUCGGGACGUUCCUGAUCCGGGACAGCAUGCAGGCGAAUGUUUUCUUCACUCUCAGCUAUCGGGCUUCCGAGGGCCCGACCAGUGUGCGAUUGCUGAUAAAGGAUGGAAGUUUCAGUUUAGCAGGCAGUAAACAUACAUUCCCUUGUCUUUUUGGCCUGCUACGAUACUAUAUUGCGUCCCCGAAAAAGAGUCUGAGUAUGCCGUAUCGUGGAGAUGUGCCGCAGAGCCUACAAGAACUGGCGAGAAGAGCGGUGGUACAGAGUUUUGGGAAAGAUAGUAUUCAACAACUGCCUGUGAGCAAGAAACUUAAAGAAUUUCUGUGGUUGUACCCUUUUAGUAUAUGAAUGUGUGUAGUCUAUAUGAAGAUAUUACAGAUGCUGCAGCUCUUUAACAUAGCACAAUUUAUUGGGACACUCAUCUCAAAGUACAUUUCAUAAGGCAUUGUCACAGUGGAAAUUCAGUGAAAUUUCAUGGGCAAAAAUAUGUCCUUUGUUCAUUUUCAAUAGUGUAGCGACGCAUGAAGUUACUUUAAAACCAAGUAAUUUUAUUUCAGUCACACUGCAGCUUUGUGCAACCAACUUGAAGUCGGUUCUGCAACAAGCUCCCAUUACCCUUACUUCUAUUGAAAUGACUGGAUAAUGCUCACAAAACUCCUCCUCUAGGAUUCUGUGCUCUUCAUCGACUUAACUAGUACAUGUAUUUAUGUGUGUAGUGAUUGUUUGGACUCAGAUAUUAAAACAUGCACUACAAAACAAUACAAAUGCGGCAAGAUCAUGACAACACCACUACUGGCCUUCAAUUUCUUUAAAGCAAUAGCUGGUACUUGAGUUAGAGUGGCCAGCGUUAGAGUUUGUAUUUGUGUAAGUGGUUUGACACUUAGUUACUUUUACAUAGUUUUGUCUGUCUUUAUAUAUGAAUGUAAACCACUGACCACCUGGUACUGUUGAUAUCGCUAUCAGUAUGACAUUUUGGAUUGUUUUUAUAUACUGGUACGUAUUUACAAUAUAUAGGCUAUACAUUUUGUAGCAUGUAUUGUAUGACAACAUCAUUCUGCUGUGCAGAAAUACACAUUUCACCUAGUGAGACAUGCAGUAAUGGUUUGAUUUGUUUAGGAUUGCUUUUUAUUAAUAAAGAUAAAUUAUUUAAUGUGA